AUGGUCAUAGAAAUUGAGAUGAUUGCCGACGCCACUGUUAAAGUGUCCGCCACAACGUCCUCGAAAAAUGACUAUGGUCUCUGUCCCGCCUGUGAUAGACCAAAGACAUCUAGCAAUUGGUGUCCGCCAUGCCACUUUGAAUGGAAUAAUAAAGACAAAAAAUAUUUCAGAGAGAGUUGGAAAGACUAUCCAAUUGCUUUGAAAUUCUUCCACAACACUCCUGACAUAGCUGCAACAUUCCUUAAUGAGAUUAAAGUCCACCAUAAAUGCAUGAUGCAGCAAGGAAACGGAUUCCUCCAGUGCUAUGGUGUUAGCCGGCACCCGGUAACAAUGGAAUUCAUAACCGUCUUAGACUUUGCGCAACACGGUGACUUUCGUAAUUUCUUGCGACAAAACCAUAAAACUUUAAAAUGGGAAGAUAAACUAUCUUUUGCAACUAAGAUUGCCGAUGACCUGAAAAUUAUCCAUGACAGCGAUUUCGUCCACGGUGACUUCCAUAGUGGAAAUGUGCUGCAAGUUUCGACAACCCCUAGUGUGUCUGACUUUGGGUUGUCACAUGAGGAUAAAGACUAUGUCCCAGAAGCUGAUGAAAUGAUAAAAACUAAUAACGGGGUAAUCCCCACAGAUAAUCCCAAGGCCAUAUAUAGCAGUAGAUAUAUUCCUUUUACCAAGCAACAUGAUAAUACUAUGCAACAUGAUACUAUCCAACAUGAUUUCGCUACUGAUGAUCUUACCAUGUGUUAUGGUUUCGAUAUUGAUGGUUAA